GUUAUCUUGCUAUCUUUCUGAUCGCUCUCGACACUGGUCACUACGUACUGCCCGCAGAUCCCUACUAUGCAUUCCGCGAAAACCGACAGAACAAAAAACCGAAACCGGGGAAACUUGCUCUGAUCUUAUUCUCGUGGUCUUGCGUUUGGUGGCUAGCGUUCCUGAUGACGAUGGCACUGCGAAUACAAGUAUCACGCCAGAUGGCAAAUUUAUCGUAUAUCCUCUGGGUGACUGCCUUCAACACAACAUUUUUGUUGCUUUUUCAAUUGGUCGAAUUGUAUUUCUUUCCGAAUUAUUGGAAAACGGGGGUUAG